UCACAGGUUUUAUUGUUGGGUAAUUCUCAAGUUAGUCAACUAUGUAUUUGAACAAUGAGUUUGAUAUGAGUAUGAAAAGAGAAAUGUGCCUUGAGGCCACAUGCUUUAGAUUUUGUACUAAUAUCCAUUGUUUGCUGAUCUUUCAACAGAUUGUGGCCAGAGAUUUGAGAGUGGACAGUGGUCAAGUUUAUACACAGCUAAACAAACAGGAUGACCAAUAUAUUAUACAGUAUGUAGAUGGCCCAUUAUUGCGUGUUUUGUGAAAGAAGUUACAUUACAUUUACAAAGUUAAGAAAUCACAUUUGUAAAUCCAGUCACCGAGAUUCUGUUCAGUCAACUGAUUUUGAUUCUGAGGAAGAAAAGGAAAAUUGGAUCAAGACCUCUUUUGAACUGGAAAAUAGCGAAACAAGCUUAGAAGUUUUGAGUCCGACAAUGGAGGAGGAGAAUUAUGCAGGGAUAAAAUCAGAAUUUGAAUAUACUGUAGAACUGAAUGACAAUGUUGGCUCUGAUAUUGAAAACAACAUUAGCCCGGCCCUAAGAAAGAUGCUAGAGGGAAAGACUAAACACGAUGAUGUGAAUGAAGUAACAGAGAAUGUAGGGGAUGAUUCUAAUGGAGUUAAAUCUGAAAGUGAUGAAAGUUCAGAUUAUGUGUACGUCUUAGAACCAGAUAACAGUAUUAAUUUUAACCAUGACAAUCAAAAUGAAUCAAAAUCCAAAGAGGCUGUAAAAGACUCUGUGCAUGACAUUCAGUCUAAAAGCGAACCGACUGGAGUUAUAGAUCUUAGUGGUUCAAACAAGAGAAAAAGAAAAUCAAAUCUUAACACUGCCUUGUCUCAUAUAUUAAAGACAAAGUCUGUCAAUCAACAAAACGAAGCUGCAUUUAAAGAAUCUCAUUCUGAUGAAGUUCAUGCGAAUAAAGUACAAAUAAUUGAAAAAACUGAAACAGAAGUCAGUCAGAAUGCACUGUCAGACAUUUCAGCUGACACUGUGAAAGAUUUAAGCAUUAAGAAUGAACAUAAUGCAGCUGUUGAAACACCAACAGUUUCAACACCCACUUUUAGUACACCAAACACUGGAUCUGCAAGGAAGAAUAGAAGGAAGAGAUCUGUCCCAGUUAGAUGUGAGAAGAAUGAAGAAAUCGGUGACAUUAAUGAAAUCAUGAAAGAGUAUGGAGUGCAGCCAAACAUCAAAGUGGACCCAGGAAAACAAGAACUUGCAGAAAAUUCCCAUGAUAUUGCACCUCUUGAUCUCACUCCUAAAUCAGUUGGGAAUACAGGAACUACAUCAGGCACUAACAUUUCAUUGGAACCAGUGGAUCUUACAGCUUCAGCAAAGAACAAGACCAUUGAAAAUGUUAUUAAGACUGAACCCAAAACCCCUGAAAACACCGAGCCUGUGGAUCUGUCAAAACCUGUUCAAAAUUCAAUGCCAAAUGUAAUGAAAAAUGGAUCUACGAAUGGUGGGUUGCUACCACCUAUGCUACCAAAUGCAGCACAGUUUGAUCCUGUCCAAAUGCGACAGUUAUUUGAAACUGUUUACAAAAUGCAAGCACAGUUUCCGAAUCAAAAUUUGUUACAGGCUCAACUUAUGCAAUUUCAUGCACUUAUGCAAAAUGCUAUGUUAAAUGGUGGAAUGAUGCCAUUGAAUAAUUCAAAUGGCAUGAAAAGCGGCAAACAUGUAAAAAGUGACAAAAAUGACAACAUUAUCAAGACAGAACCUGGACUUACCAAUGAUCUGAUGACAAAUGAUUUCCAGAAGUUUAAUCUAGAACUGAUGCAUAAAAAUGGUCUAAUACAAAACAAUUUUGCUCCUCCAUUUAGUGGUGUCAUCCCUGGGUCACCAUUCACUAUGAACCAAACAAACCAGUUCAGAAAUAGAUCAGCUAAGAAGAAGGGCAAGGAUUUAUUUUUGAUGGAUGAAUCAAAUCUAGAUUCAAUUAAACUUGAAUCAAGCACACCCCAAGGCCUAGUUGUGUUGGAUGGAAAACAGAGUCCUGAACAAAUUCUUGAAACAUUGUCCCAGCAUUUUCCAAUUGUACCAAUAGAAAGUUUACCUAAAGCACAAAUUGGAGAUGAUAUUAAUAGUGCGAGAUUCUAUGUAAAAGAUAAUGAACAAAUCAGGGUAAUUGUUGACAGUCUGCUGCAAGUGGGUGUGCUUGAUUUUGAUGAACAACAGAUUCAUGGAACUGAGCCAGUUUAUAAGUACAUCUGUAGAGUGUGCAGCCAAACAUUCUUUCAUGUUGAACACCUAACCAAGCACAUCAAAAAAUGCCACAUCGUUAAGAAAUACCAGUGCAGUGAAUGUGACAGGUCAUUUCAUGAUGCCGGGAAUUACAGACAGCAUAUGAGAGUGCAUGAUGAGACGGACAUACCAUACGAAUGUCCCGAAUGUAAACGUCGAUUCAGACACAAGUGUACUCUUAAAGUUCACAUGAGAAUACACACAGGGGAGAAACCAUUCCGAUGUGACAUUUGUGACGCAACAUUCAAAAUUUCAUCGGGACUGCAGACACAUAUGCGAAAACACACCGGGGAAACACCAUAUGCGUGUGAGUUCUGUGACCUCCGCUUCAAAUGUCAAAGCAACCUGAAGCAACACUUGUUCCAACACACUCAGGUCCGUCCAUUUCCAUGCGAGAUUUGCGGGAAAACGUACAGUCGGAAAUCCAUUCGAGAUGCACACUUGUUAACACAUGCCAAGGACAGUGUAAAAAAUGAACAUGUGAAGAAAUGGAUUGAAAGCAUGCCAUCUCAGGCUUUAGCAGUUGGAGGAAAUGAUUAACACAUUAUUCCUGACCAGAUUAGUUUUAGGAUAGCAAAUCAAACCAGUGAGACUAUUUCUUAUGAUUUUUAGUGAUGUGGCCAGAUAAUCUCCAAGCGGAAACUUUACAGUUUUGACAGUAUAUUAUUAAAUACUUCUAAGUAUUUUUGUAGAAUUUAGCAUUACUGUUGAAACUUUGCAGUACAAGUUAUGAGGAUGCAAUUCCAAGCUACAAGCUUUUGUAAUAUUUUAUCAGUUGUGGUAAAAGUUACCUUAGUUUAAAGAUUUUUCUAGCCAAAUAGUCUGACAGGUUUAAGGCUCUAGUUUACUUUACUUGAAAAUACUCGAGGGCAAUACUUGUAUGAAAGUUGUAAUGAAAAGGGGACACAUGCUGAAAUGUUGUGUUGUUGAAUACAUUUUUUUGAAAAAAAAAAAAAACUGUUUUUUUUUAAGUAAAA